AUGUCUGGUUCUGGUGCUUCCGGUAACAAAUUCCGUAUGUCUUUAGGUUUACCAGUUGGUGCCGUUGUAAACUGUUGUGACAACUCAGGUGCAAGAAACUUAUACAUCGUCUCUGUUAAGGGAUUCGGUGCUAGAUUAAAUAGAUUACCUGCUGCUUCAGCCGGUGAUAUGGUUAUGGCUACCGUUAAGAAAGGUAAGCCAGAAUUAAGAAAGAAAAUCAUGCCAGCAAUUGUUGUUAGACAAGCUAGACCAUGGAGAAGAAAGGAUGGUGUCUACUUAUACUUCGAAGAUAAUGCUGGUGUUAUUGUCAAUCCAAAGGGUGAAAUGAAGGGUUCUGCUAUCACUGGCCCAGUUGCUAAGGAAUGUGCUGAUUUAUGGCCACGUAUUGCUUCCAACUCUGGUGUUGUUGUUUAG